GGUCAGCCCGACGGGCCCCACCACCUCCCGGACCCCUCCGCCGGGCGCCGGCCAUCCCCUCCCCAAAAUCCUCCCUCGAUCCAACCAAUCCCACACCGUGCUCGCCGCCCAAAUGUCGCCGCGGGCCGCCUAGGGUUCCGGCGGCCGCCGCCCCCCCUGCCGGCGCGAUGGGGAACACCUGCGUCGGCCCCAGCGCCCCCUCGGACCGCCACAGCUUCUUCAACUCCGUCUCCCUCGCCGUGCUCUGGCGCCCCGCCGCCGCCGGCGCGGAGCCCUCCCCGACCCCCGACCCCACCCCCUCCACUCCUUCCCCGACCUCCUCCAGGGCCCCCGACCCCGUCACCAUCUCCGACUCCGAGCACUCGCCCCGCAACCCGAACGGCAAGCCCAAGCCCAAGCCCAAGCCCAAGGUGAAGCGCGUGCAGAGCGCCGGCCUCCUCGUCGGCUCCGUCCUGAGGCGAGACUCCGAGCGGCUCAAGGACCUCUACACCCUGGGCAAGAAGCUCGGGCAGGGGCAGUUCGGCACCACCUACCAGUGCAUCGAGAAGGCGACGGGCAAGCAGUUCGCCUGCAAGUCCAUCGCCAAGCGGAAGCUCGUUACCGACGACGACGUCGAGGACGUGCGCCGCGAGAUACAGAUCAUGCACCACCUCGCCGGCCACCCCAACGUCGUCUCCAUCGUGGGGGCCUACGAGGACGCGGUCGCCGUGCACCUCGUCAUGGAGCUGUGCGCGGGAGGGGAGCUGUUCGACAGGAUCAUACAGCGGGGGCACUACUCUGAGAAAGCCGCCGCGCAGCUGGCGCGGGUGAUCAUUGGGGUUGUCGAAGCUUGCCAUUCCCUCGGGGUGAUGCACAGAGACCUCAAGCCGGAGAAUUUCUUGUUUGUAAACCAAAAGGAGGACGCGCCGUUAAAGGCUAUUGACUUCGGGCUUUCCAUCUUCUUCAAACCAGGUGAAAUAUUUUCGGAUGUUGUUGGUAGUCCUUACUAUGUUGCCCCUGAGGUUCUGAUGAAAGACUAUGGCUGCAAGGUGGAUGUGUGGAGCGCAGGUGUAAUAAUUUAUAUCUUGUUGAGUGGGGUUCCUCCAUUUUGGGAUGAAACUGAACAAGGAAUAUUUGAACAAGUUCUGAAAGGCGAAGUUGAUUUUUCAUCCGAUCCCUGGUCCAGUAUUUCAGAGAGUGCAAAGGAUUUGGUCAGGAAGAUGCUAAACCGUGAUCCCAGGAAGAGAUUGACUGCACAUGAAGCUCUAUGUCAUCCCUGGGUUUGUGUUGAUGGAGUUGCUCCGGACAAACCUCUGGAUCCUGCUGUCUUAACCAGAUUGAAACAGUUUUCUGCAAUGAAUAAACUAAAGAAGAUGGCUCUUAGGGUCAUUGCUGAGAAUUUGUCUGAAGAUGAAAUUGCAGGAUUGAGAGAAAUGUUCAAAAUGCUGGACACUGACAAUAGUGGGCAGAUCACAUUGGAGGAACUAAAAAUUGGCUUAAAGAGAGUUGGUGCUAACUUAAAGGACUCGGAAAUUGUAACACUAAUGGAAGCGGCAGAUAUUGAUAACAGUGGUUCCAUUGAUUAUGGAGAGUUCCUUGCUGCAACUUUACAUCUGAACAAAGUUGAGCGAGAAGAUAAUCUCUUCGCAGCAUUCUCAUACUUUGAUAAAGAUGGCAGUGGUUACAUUACUCAUGAUGAACUACAAAAGGCAUGUGAGGAGUUUGGUAUACGAGAUACACACCUAGAAGAUAUCAUCCGCGACAUUGAUAAAAACAAUGAUGGCCGGAUCGAUUACAACGAAUUUGUAACGAUGAUGCAGAAGGGAAAUAACCCACUAGGGAAAAAGGGUCACGCCAAGAUGAGCUUUGGUCUUAGGGAAGCAUUGAAGCUUGGCUAAAGCUUAUUCCCAUUUCCAUGGAUGAUGCUCCGUGGCAUGCUAGCACUCCACAUAAGCUACAGCAUAUGCUUACUGUUUUUUUUCCAGGCAUGAUCAAUCCUCAGUGUAAAGUGCCAUUCAGCAUUAUACGGCAACUAUAGCCGAGAAAACGAGGCUCGGGACCUUGGUAUUCCGGUACCGAAGGUGGAGCGACAUGGCCGGGUCUGUCAACGAGCAUGCUGCAUGCAGGAAAACAAUGACAGAUUUUUCCAGAGUUCAUCUUAAAUACUGAAACGUCCUUGAUCCUCCACCAUGUACAGGCUUUUUCAAGGAGGGACAGGAAUAGUGGAUGUGUUUUCCGUGACCUUUCUUUGCUCGUUCUGAAGCCCAGCUUCUGGAUGCUCUACAUGGCGCAUGAAUGUUAGAUUAUAGAGCGAAGCUUAACAUGUUGCAUGAUCAGACGAGAUGUGUGUGUUCUAUUUGUUAGAUAGAUGUGCAGUUUUUGUUAUAUAUGUUGUAAGAUAGGCUGUACUGUGAGAAAUGUCACUAGCCUUUAACUUGUACAUGCCGAUUACUGGAGUUCAAAGGAACAUUGUGUGAUCAUAGUAAUGCAUCUAUUACACUUGAAAUUGUUUUA